AAUUGUUUAUUUGUGGAUUUACCUUUGGACAAUUUAUUUAUUUUUAUUUGAAUUUUUUCGUGUUAAUUUUUAGAUUUUCAAUGUGUAUCUAAUUAAUUUGAUAAUUUUUGACAAAUUACUAAUUAAAAGGCUAUUGUUACAAUAGACUUUUGUUUUUAAAGUGAAUCGAUUGGAGGUUAUUCAGUUUCAACCUGCUUCUUUUACCCGCCAUCACCAAUAGCAUCCCUUUAGUGUAGGGCAAUCAUCAUCUUCACCAUGAAUCAUCAGUUUGAUUUAGGUAAUAUUAUACAAACAUCUUUAGAGAAUUCUUUUCCCUCGAAUACAUUUACUAUCAGUCCAUCACACCCCCAAUCUUCAUCGGAAGUUGUGGUUAAGCCUUCAGAUCAACGGUUUACUAUAACCAAUGUGACCACUUCACCAACUACAUAUCAACUUCCUUCUUCUUCCAACUCGACAUUCAAAGAUCAAUCUAUAGUUUUACCCUCAAACUUUAAUGUCAAUGGUGGUCCAAUACUUUGCCAAUUAGAUGAUAAUAGUUAUAUUCUUAUAGAUGGAUUAGAACCUACAACAUCUACCAGUACAACAACCAUCACAAAUUCACCACCAAAAACAGCACCUCAAGUUGAUUCAACACCAAAGCAACUUGGUAAUUCUCCUACUUUCUCUGUACCAUUGCAAACCUCUAAUAUCUCCCGAAUUGGUAAAGUAGCUACAACACCGACAUUUACUAACACCAAUGCAGUUCAAAAGUUAACCUCACCUCAAGCAUCAGCCACUAAAAGCCAUGUUAUCAUGAAUCAGCCAUCACCAAAUCAAGGAACCACUCGGCCUACUCUAGUAUUCAUGUCGAACCCUCCAUCCAAGACUAGCAGUCCACCAUCAACCAAUGAUCCUAAAUCUCCCGUUAAACUAAUGGCCACUAAAAAUGCAACCUCAACCAUUAAACCUUUCACCAAUCUAAUUACAACACCAAAUGUUCAAAAUAAGAAUCAACCACUUAAAUACAUUCUGGUUCCUCAAUCUAACGUAACAACCAAAACAACACCAAGUAUCAUCUCAAAUUCUGGCACGUCAUUAACUCAGAUGGUUGGCAAUAAACCAAUGAUACAACCAAGUAAAAUGAAUCUUCAAGUGUCAACAAAACAUCCGAUUAUCACAGGAAAGAUUCAACCUCCCCAGACUGUGAAUACAAAACCUCCUGAGAUAGAAAAUGAAUACAAACAACAUAGUAAUGAUACCCAAAGUGAGGCCGAUUCAGAUGCCCAAGAUUUAACAAUCAUAGAACCACCAAAAUCACCAACGCUGUUUGAUAUGACUGUGAGUGAUAUCGUUGAAACCGUUUCUCCAGGUCCCGUAAAAUCAACUUUCACCUACUCGAAAAUCAGUCCCAAAGUAAUUGGCACAGUACCGACACUUGCUAAUGUCAUAAAUUCAACAAUCACAUCUACAAAUGAAACAAAUCAAGUAAAUAAAACUUUCAUAAGUCAACCUGUUAGACCUGCGGUAGUCAAUCCACCGGCGGCUCAACCAACGAAAGUUUCUCUUGCCAAUUUACCAAUGCAAUAUAUUGUUCCUGGAUCGAGUUUGCCUCCAGCUCCACCACAAGCUACACCAAAUCUUAAGCGUAAAAAUGAAACGAAACGCCUGCCGCCUGCAAAGAAAAGUAAAGUAGAGUCACCAAAAGUUGACGAAACUAAAAUUGCCCCCGGAGUGGUUCGAGAAGUUAUCGCCUCUCGAAAUAUUCAAGCCUCAGAUAAAGCAAUUAUUAAUACCGCUGUUCACGAGCUGAAGAAACUGUUUGCUCGCCGAGAAUUAUUACUCAAACAUUUAAAUACAAGUUGCGUCGCAAUGGGUAAAGUUGAAUAUAAAUUGACCAUCUCUGGUUCACCUGUAAACGUUCAAGAAAUGUACACUCGUCUAACAAAUUUCCAGCAACAAUAUGAAACCGAUUUGAAGCGUUUAGAUUGGGCAGUUAAUGCGAUGCAUAAACUAUACUCUGAAUUGUCUCCUAACAAUGAAUUACGAUCAACAGAGGAUAUUAUAAAAGAUUUAAUUGGGCCAGCGGAAGGAAUUACUGAUGAUCCAUCGGCAAAAUAUGAGAAAUUUAAGAAAACAACUCCCAUUGCAGAGAAACAAAUUUCCAUUUUAAAAGCGAAACCUCGAUCACCAAGAAAACCAGCGAAAAAGGCACCACCUCAAAUACAAGUCGAAGUUCCGAAAGCUCCUUUGGAGGAAAGAAAAGUUCCCGAUAAACCUAAUCCAUCGGAUGGUAAAUUUCAUUGUGAAUUGUGUACCAAAGUUUUCCUCAAACAAAUAUCACUUGCCAAACAUCUCGAAUUUGAUCAUCCAGUCAGUCUUGAGUUAGAGAAAAACUUGGCCGUUUCUCGAAGUCCAAAAUUAUCUCAUGCUUGUCAAGAAUGUGACAAAAGUUUCCACUCCAAUGUUAUGCUUUCAAUCCAUCGGUCUGAAGAACACGAUGGUGGAGAUGCCUACGAAAUUAGUCGCGAUUCUAAAAACAGAAGAUCUUCAAUUAAUCAACGGAACAUUUUCAGCGACGAUGAGAUGAAAUCACAAAGUGAAGAGGAAUCAAAGUCAAAGGCCAAACCAAAGACAAACGCAAGGAACAACAGAGCAAUUCGAAGAGGAAGAAAACCCAUCAGGCGAACACGUGCAAAUGUAAACAACAGUAAAACGAGAACGAGAGUAAUUGAUAGUUUAGAUUUUCUCUGCGAUUCUGAUGCGACAAUUUCAAUGUCACCGAGGCACACGAAAGACUGGAGCGAACUUGAUAUUUUCGAUCCCGACAUACCGAUUGAAUGUACUGAUGAUAAUCCGAUUAUUCCUUUGAAACGUUUAUCCGAAGAGGUGAUUGCCGCUUACACCUAUUCUUCAAGAAGAUAAUUAUAGCAACAUUUUUCGCCGAUUAAAAUUCACGAUGAUUUAAUUAUCAUCUUUAUGAUCUAAA